AUGUCCACGAUGGAUCAAUAUGCUACUCCAGGACAGGAGAUGGCUCAGUUUACCCAAAUGUCCAUUAUGGGUACUUCGUUCGAAACCACCGAGCGGUAUAAACAAUUGCACCCUAUUGGAAUCGGCGUCUCAGGCUUAGUCUGGUAUGAUCCCCGCAAUUUCUUGUUUCAUUUUAUUGCAGAAGCUAACAAAUCGCCCAUUCGUCCCAAUAGUUCUGCCAAAGACCAAAUAUCCCAUCGAACCGUUGCCGUGAAGAAGCUCGCCAAUCCAUUCAAAUCAGAAAAUAUCGCGAGGCACAUGUACCGAGAAGUCAAAUUGUUAAAGAUGCUCAAGCAUGAUAAUAUCAUUCAUUUGAAUGAUAUCUUCAUUUCCCCGACCGAAGAUAUCUAUCUUGUCACGGAACUUAUGUCAACCGACCUACAUACUCUGUUAAAUACAAAAAAACUGGAUAAUCAAUUCACCCAAUACUUCAUGUACCAAAUACUGCGAGGCCUGAAAUAUGUCCAUUCGGCUGGCGUCGUUCAUCGCGAUCUGAAACCAAGCAACAUCCUCGUUAACGAAAAUUGCGAUCUCAAAAUAUGCGACUUCGGCCUAGCACGUGUUCAAGAGGCCCAGAUGACCGGAUAUGUAUCUACGAGAUAUUACAGAGCCCCGGAGAUAAUGCUCACCUGGAGAAGAUAUAACGAAAAAGUCGAUAUCUGGAGUGUAGGAUGUAUUUUCGCCGAGAUGCUUCUGGGACAACCUCUAUUUUUAGGAAAGAACCAUAUCGAUCAAUUCUGCGUUAUCACCAAGCUUCUCGGUUCUCCGCCAGAUAAUGUUAUUGACAACGUUACCAGUCCAAACACUAUGGGUUUCGUCAAAUCUUUACCGAAACGAUCUCGUAAGCCCUGGUCAACAAUCAUUCCAGGAGCAAAUCCAAAGGCGACAAUUUUGUUGGAUAGAAUGCUACAAUACGAUCCUAGUAAGAGAAUCUCUGCCGCCGAGACUUUGACUUCUCCAUACCUCGGGGCAUAUCAUGAUCCAAAGGACGAGCCGGUAGCGGACGAAUUAGUAGAUUGGUCUUUUCUGGACGCAGAAUUGACGUCCGACGUUUGGAAAACAAUCAUAUACGCUGAAAUCCUGGGAUAUCAUCAAAACGGCUCGACGCCACCUGCUAUGCUCUCGCCGCCAGACUCUGACGAGAUGGACUUGGGAUGA